GUGUGUUUAAGCUGCCCUAUAUGUGUUUGGCUACACUUAAAGAUACACGUGUAGAGUUGUAUUGAUCAGCACAACGUUUGAAACAAGAUCACGGGUUUUUCUCUCGGUCUAGUUGAUACCAAACAUACGUAGUUUGGUUUAGUGUUACAGUGACAUACCAACCAAUGGUGGUAUUGACCAGCACAACGUAGAUAAGUUAAACACUCGAGAAGAGUUGUAUUGGCCAACACAACGUAGAAAACAAGUGAAAUGAUCGGGGAGAAAGGUGAAAUUGACCGCGCGAACAGAUGGCGCUGUCUGGCCUUAUUCCUGUUGUUGACGUCCUUGAUAUUCCUGGCUGUGAUCAUUUAUAUGGCGACGGAGAUCCAGAAAGACAAUAAGACCCCCGAACAUGACCGCCCUUACCCGGAGCACGGUAAGGUCAAACUGGGCGAACCCUCUGAGCCAUCCGUGUUUCAUGACCUGACGACCGCUGAGAUUCGGGGACUAGUGUCUUACUUAACCCAGGAGGAGUCACUCAACAUCACUCGACCUCCCUCUAAUACCAUCAACACCAAUUACCGCUACCUGGCCGAACUAUACCUACCCAACAAGGCCGCCGUAUUAGAGCAUUUAGACCGCGGAGGACAACAGCCGGCUAGGGAGGCCAUCGUGACGAUAUUUCGAGGUGCUAAAAAUCCCCCUGACGCUAUCGAAAGAUUAGUCGGUCCUCUUCCAAACCCUACGUAUAUAAAAGAGGUUCCCGGGCGACCAUCCUCAGUUCCUUUUAUACUACGACCUAUUAACAUGCCGGAAUACGACAAGGCGGCAAGCUUUGCAAAACAAGAAAUUGACACUAAACUCCGGGAUCAUAUACGUGCGUUUUAUGGCGCAGCUCUCACCGACUGUGGUUCCGAAUGUCUUAUUCUCACCUAUUUCUCAUCAAUGUCACCAAAAGUUAGCGGAGAGCAAACUCGGAAGUUUUGGUUCUGGUUGAGUCGUGACAAAGAGAACUAUUUGUUAAACAAUUUAGAUUUUUCAGUUUUGGUUAAUACUGCGAAUUCUGAUUUCGCUCUUGAAAAGGUAUGGUUCAGAGGUUCCACCUAUGAUGGAAUAGACGAUUUCAAAUCUCGUGUGUUUCUGAAUAGUACCCAAACAUCCUGGCCUGAUCCAAAUCAUGACACUUCGUUCUCAAUGGCAGAAAAACGCGGGAAGCCGUUCUGGGACGAACCUCUAAGAAACCCUGCUCAAGUUGAACCAGAUGGAAAGCGAUACAAUGUGAAUUACAAUCAGGUGACAUACAUGCGCUGGCAGUUUGACUUCCGUAUGUCCAGUGCGUAUGGACCACAAGUCUACGAUAUCCGGUACGAUGGCCAGCGAAUUAUAUAUGAGAUAGGCUUACAAGAGAUGUGUGUUUUCUACUCGGCGAACAACCCAGCACAAAUGUUUGCGGACUUUUUCGACUCUAGUGAUCUGAUUGGCCCGAAGGCUAGUCCGCUAGUGCCUGGAGUCGAUUGCCCCUCUCACGCGACGUUUAUCGAUGCCUCGUUUCUAACGGAAACAUCCGACGAACCGUUCACCACUCGAAAUGUUUUCUGUGUGUUUGAACUCAACACAGGAGACCCGCAUCGCCGACAUUUCAACUACGAACCUCUAACUCAGACCUCGUAUGAGGGAAUGGAGAGCAUUCUCCUCGUCUUCAGGACAAUCCUCACUGUCAUGAACUACGAUUAUAUAAUUGACUUUCGCUUUUUUCAAAACAGUGCCUUAGAAGUUAGAGUUGUCUCCACUGGUUUUAUUUCUACUAGCUACUACAGACCGGAAGAGACUCCGUACGGAUACCGUCUGAACGAUUAUAUUGUCGGAAGUCUUCAUCAUCAUUUGAUUCAUUUCAAAGUCGACCUUGAUGUUUUGGGUACGAGUAAUCGCUUUGCAACUCUGGAUAUUGAACCGGAGUCUGUGGAUAAUACUUGGUCGAAGAUCAACGGGGAAAAAUAUCACCAAACAAAAUUUAGUCAAAACGUGAAGCCAGAUGAGAUGAGCGCUGCUUACAAAUAUGAUUUUAAUUCACCUAAAUAUCUCACAUUUUAUAACAACGCAUCAACCAAUAAAUAUGGCGUGCACAGGUCGUACCGCGUGCUGCCGCGCGGAAUGACAAAGUCACUAUUGGCAGAAGGUUUCGGUAAUGAACCUUCCGCGUCUUGGUCGCGCUAUCAGAUGGCAGUGACUCGCCGGAAAGAGACGGAACCAUUCAGCAGCUCGCAGUAUGCUGCGUUGGACACCACAGACCCUGUUGUGAAGUUUCAGGACUUUUUGGACGACAACGAAUCCAUUCUUGACGAGGAUCUCGUUGCAUGGCUAACGGUAGGGAUGCACCACAUUCCUCACACCGAGGACCUCCCGGUCACCCCUACCCCCGGGAUGGACGUUGGAUUCCUCCUCCUGCCAUUUAACUACUUCUCAGAGGACGCCGGUGUAGCAUCUCGGAAUGCCAUCAGAAUAGAGCCUCAUGACCGAAAAAACUCCGGGGCCGGGCUGAAAGUGGAACGUUACGGUGUUAAACAGGACUUUUCAUGUCGUUCCACGGACAACUCAUUCUGGGAUGACAUCGCGCGUGACUCUACAAUUCUUUUUGAAUCGGACGAUACAUGACAAGAAUAAGGCACAAGACUCAUUUUAUAUAUAUCGUUACUUUAAUCGGAAAAUGUAUAAACACCUUAAACAUCAUACUUGUUUUUAAUCGGAAAAUGUAUAAACACCUUAAAC